AACUACCUGAUUCCUCUCCAGUCUGCCCCCCGUCAGUGGGUCCAUCAAACCCACCGAACUACGGAGUCUGAAACAGACAUGAGUCAUUAGUGCUUUGCGUUUCGGAUGAAAAAGGGUUCUGUAAUACAUUGUGAUCAAUAGGACGCUCCGGCCCAGCCGACAAAAUGAUGCGUUUUAUGCUGCUGUUUAGCCGGCAGGGGAAGCUGCGGCUACAGAAAUGGUACACAGCCACAGCGGAGCGUGACAAGAAGAAGAUGGUGCGAGAGCUUAUGCAAGUGGUGCUGGCCAGAAAACCAAAAAUGUGCAGCUUCCUGGAGUGGAGGGAUUUAAAGAUAGUGUAUAAGAGGUAUGCCAGUCUGUAUUUCUGCUGCGCAGUUGAAGAGCAAGACAAUGAGCUGAUUACCCUAGAGGUCAUCCAUCGCUUUGUGGAGCUGCUGGAUAAGUACUUCGGCAGUGUGUGUGAGCUUGACAUCAUUUUUAAUUUUGAGAAGGCUUACUUUAUCUUGGACGAAUUUCUGAUGGGGGGAGAAAUCCAGGACACUUCCAAAAAGGGCGUACUCAAGGCUAUUGAACAGGCUGAUCUGCUGCAAGAGGAGGAUGAAUCUCCACGGAGUGUAUUGGAGGAGAUGGGCCUGGCAUAGAACCCAUUCCACCUUAGAGAGGACAUCUUUAGGUACUACUGCUAUACAUGGUGAAAGGAUGGGCUUUACUAAAGGGAGUUUGGGGAGGGAGGGUAUAAAAUGGGAGAUAAAAAGAUACAUGGAAACAGAGGAGUGGAUUGAAAGUGUGUAGACAACUUUGAUACUACUGAGUUCAGCGUGUGAUUGUACUUCUUUUGAGCCCCCGAAUUGUCUUCAUACUUUUAAGAUAGCUGUGUCUAGCCCGAAAUCCUUCUUUCUAUUCAAAGAAUUUUGCAAGUUAGACACUUGACCUUGGCACAGAGCCAUUUAUUUGUAACAAGUUAAAAGUCCAUCAAGCCUUACCAGGUUAACAAAUUGAGAUGUUUGCACAAUCUCAGCUUGUUGUCUGUGAGGAGGUUCUAUGUUCCUGCGAUCCCAAAAUGAAUAUAUUCAUAAAAACUUGGACUAUCUUUUUUGCUGCUCAGGAAAGAAUGACAAUGACCAUUCGUGCAUGUCUGUUUUUAAAUGUGAUGCAAACUUUUAAGUGGAUGAACUGUUGGGCUUUAACUGCUUGCUUUUGCAGUGUAGAGACUAGGGCUGCACAAUAUGGACAGAAUCCCAAAUUGAAAUUAUAUCAAUACAUAUUGCAAUUGUGAUAUACCACACAAAAUAUUACAAACGCAUCAGUGAGCCCUUGAUGCGAUACAGUUAACUGGCCUGCAUUAUUUUGAUUUAAAUUAUUUAUGUUUGUUGGAUCACGUGAAUGCCUUGAUUGGUCAAAACACGAGCUGUUAUCUGGAAGAUCUGCAAUUGUUCAGGACACAGCAUCCAAUAAAAUGACUCAUUUAGUUAUUGCAGCCUGCUCUAACAUCUGUAUUACAAAGGCCAACAUUGCGCUAACAGUUAAUCAGUGAUAUAUUGUGCAGCCCUAGAUGGGACCACACAGUAAAUCUGUGUUCAUUUCUGUGUGCGUGUGUGCGUGUUUGUUUAUAUUGAGUGGGAGGACUACCUGUGCUCUCAGCUGUUUGGUUGCGCAGUUUACCAUUAAAGCAGUUUUCCAGAUGAGCCAGAUUUAAAAAUAAAUCAUGAUGUGCGUUCCUGAGAUGGGAAAUAGACGAGGAAUAUUGAAUAGGCUUUUAUGAGUCAAUAGAAUAUUGGAUAGGCUGUUGCAUAUGGUCUAUUCAUUCUAUUUCAGUUCUAUGGACCACAUCUGCGUAGUCUCUGAAUGUUUAUCUUAAUAUAAAAACAAGGCAAAAAAAAUCCAACCCACAAAAUGGCGCUGAACCCUUUUCCUGUUUUGUCUGUCUACUUCCUGCUUUCCAAAGAGAUGUUUCCGACUGUAAAUGUGUAGUUGAGGAAUAUAAAGGGAAUAAUAUUUGAAUAACUCCUUGAAAAACAAAGAAAGAGGGCUUUGACAUCAAGUGUGACGUAGUUUGGAUAAAAAAAAAAAGUUUUAAAAAUGCUUUUUAACGUGUCGUGUGAAAUAAAAGAAUGUUUUGAGAAGA